AUGUCUGCAGCUCUUGUCCGAAAAGCUCUCGAAGUUUCUGAAGAUACGCCCAGACCGGUAGAUAAUUCAGGAAAGAGAAAAUUAAAAUCCAUCGAGAAGAAGAAAAAGAGCAGAUUAUCCUCAGCGGAAGUGUUGAAGAAGAACUUGAAGAUUUUGAAAGCACUUGAAUUCUCUUCACGAGCUAAGAAAUACGGAAAAAUCUCGGUAACGCCCACUAUCCCACUAGCACCAAUUCCGGCAGCGAUAACUAGUGACGAGGACGAUAAGAAAUCUAAAAGGAAAAACAAAAAAGGAAAGAAAAAUAAACCCGACACCUCCUCAGGGUCCGCAUUUACUGAAGAAGAUUUUCUAAAAUUCGAGAAGGAGUAUUUCGUCACGGAUUAA